GGCUACGAAGCGAAGGACUAAAUUUGGCGUGAUCUCGGGACUGGGACAUAAUGAGACAUCUCUACUAUCGACCGUAACUGGACGCUGGCUCGUCUGUCAUUUUUUCCUUACUUUUCUCACACUCGAGUUUCCACGAACUUUGCAAAUGGAAACUAGAAGGGGGUGAAGAAUUUUGCAGAAACAUUUUAUUCGCUUCAUUAUUAGAUUAUUUACAGAGAAUCGUAAAGUGAGACGGAAAAGUAUCAUGAGUAGGUUUUUGGCAAAUGAUUAAUUAAUGAGCCUACGUAGUCAUUCGUGAAACUGAGCCAUUAAUCAGCAUGACUCGAAGAAAGAAAUGGAUCCAGCUCCUGGUGGCACAUUACAAAGAAUUGCCAUAUGUUGUCCAUUCCUAACGAGGACGGAAGAAAAAUUCAUCAUUCAUGAACCGAUGAUCGGAGGUUGGAAGCGCAGCACCGUUUUACCUAUCCCUUUGCUCAAGCGUUUAAAAAUAUCGUAAAUGACUCGAAUAGAACUUUCGCCGGUUAAUUUACGAGCGCUUUACGCAAAUUCUACGAGUUGCUGUCCAUGGCCACGGUGGGUAUCGUAAAUUAUAAGUAUCAAAGACAAGGGAUGGAAAUGCUAUGGGAAAUAGUCAAGGAAAGGUCCACGAAAGGGUUAUCCAGUACAAUUCUGUACGCACUGUCCGUGCUAUAAGUAUUACAGAGAAAGGCACCCGACGCAGCGGCUGCUAAACGCCUCAAACCUUUCGCCUAGAAGUCGUUCUGAAAUACAGAUUGCCCGUACGCAGGUCUUCAAGAGGAAAAGGGUUUUAUUAUGCCACCCGGUAACUGGAUAUUUGGAAACCCUGACGGUAGUAACUGCCAUUACAGACAUUAAUUUUACGGAAAGUCAUCAAGCAGUCGUAAUUUUUCUGCUGCGCGAUAAUUACAGGGUAGGUGACAAUCUCAUUACUGCCAGGGACCGAAAGCUAUAAAAUAUCUGACGCAACUAUUAAGAUGAGCAACCCGACCUCUUUCAUUGUACUCAACAGUACACCCACUAGAGGCAUAAUAAAUCAAACAUAAAUGCAUCGAAGAAUUUACUGCGCUGAAAAAUUAUUCCAAUAGUCGAUUUGACGAUAUUCCUCUUCGAAACUUCGAACAGUAUUCAAGAAUCCUUCGGAAUUAGAAAAAAAGAAUUUUAAAAAUCAAAACAUGCAUGAACUUAAACCCAGUAUGUAGACGACGUACAAAUAAACUUGCAGACGAAGGGUUAAAAGAUCAUUAAAUUCUUACGUCUAUGUCUUUAAGAUCAAGUUAAAAAGUGGGACAUUUUUCUGAGGCGGCCUCAUUAUCAGGAAACUUUAAUGAUAUCAUCUCGAACGAAAUCUUUGUUUUAAUGCCUACAGCUAACCGAUCAUCGAAAUACCGUUACUCUGAUUUCCUGUGUUCGCGUUUACGUCUGUUGUCAUCACGGGACCGUUUCGUACCAUAAAUAUUUCGGAAUAGGGAAGUAGUGAACGCGUGCCAGUAAGAUCCCAACGCCAUGGUCAUCAGGACCAUCACCCCCACUAUUUUCCAAGGAGUACUCCUACCCUUGGGCCUCAUAAGGGUUGACCGCUAUAUAAGGAAGGGAUGCGCCCUUCUCUUGCUGUAAACGAUUUUGGCAAUUCGCUGUGAGGACCUACUUAGAAGCUAACGCCGUUUAGACGUCAUUUGUCGGCAGACAGUGAUAUUUCUUGAGAACAUUUUUCGUGAAAACGUUCACGGUGGAGUACGGUGUGUUGCAGUAUCCGUGUGACCUGUGCGAUAUUGAUUACCCAGUGGGAUUAAUUAUCAGGUGAGAUCAUCCAUUUCCAAAUACUUCGUGAGAAUUUCAAAGUUGCGGAUCGGAUCUGUUAAAGAUUUUCUGACAAAAAGAAUCGUCUCUGUUCUUUGUCAAAUGUAUUUUCGUUACCGCGUUGCCCAAUACGAAACAUUACCGAAUAACAGAGUCUCGUUUUGAUUUCAUUAACAUAAAGACCCCAUUUACCAAAAUAUCUAUCAAUAUACUUAUCGCUUUCGGUUUCUACAACUUGAAGCGAUCGUUAUCGCCCAUUCGAACGCAGCGGCUUUUUUUUAAACACUACAUAUUUCGUUUAUCACCAUCGCCGCUUAUGGCAGUAUCUAAUUAAUAUCUCGUAAAGACCACGAAUCGGACAUCGCAAUAUAUGUAUCUAUUUCUCUCUUCCGAAUACGAUCGGAUAUUACAGCGUUUAGCCUAUACAUAUAGUAAUACGUAAUAUUCAUCAUUAACUCACGUUUUUGUUGUUCCAGGUGCCGGCGAGAUUCUAAAUGGAGUCGUACUCUGUGCCACCCAGUGACAGCAUGCAAGCCUUGGACUUCACUACCAAACCAGGCGAUAUGUCUACCGCGCCGAUUUUGGAUCUUUCCUGCAAGAAAACUUCUCCAACACGUAGCGAGUCCAGGUCAACGAUGCAGCACUUAAAUUCGCCCGAUCACUGUUUGAAUCCACCCCCGAGCACAAUCGCGAGACAACAAUACGCGCCGUACCCGGAUUUCACCGUACCCGAAAGGAAUGGAUCUUCAGAGGGUCGAACGUUCACGAUCACACCCCCGUCGGAGAUCAGUUCAUCGAACGGGAUUAGAUGCCAGCCGAUUCGUAAUUACCCAGACGCGAACAACAUCGGCCCAUGCGUCCCUCAGCGCGGCGAUUUUAUACCGAUGAACAUCCCGGUGCCAUGCGUUCCCGCACUGUUACCAACCUUCGUCGCUCAAAACGGCGGGAUAAACAAAACGACGGCGCAAAUUCUUACAGCGGUGACGACCACCGCGACGACGACUUGCAAAGAUGCGGCGUUGACCAUGGAUGGAAAAAAGCCAACGAGACCUUUCAAAGCGUACCCGAAAGAUCCAUUGGCACUCACCGCAGGAACAGCGGAAUUGAUGUACGACAAGUCGAACGAAGCGUACUCGGAAUUCCGUAAACGAAUGCUCGAGUCAGUCCAAAAAUCGAACGAAGCGACAAACGCGAAAAUGCGAAGAGUCACCAAGAGCCCGGGAUUGCCGACGAGCACGAGCACUCUCGACGACAAAGAUGCCGCGUACUGGGAAAAACGAAGGAAAAACAAUGAAGCCGCAAAACGGUCACGUGAUGCUCGAAGGGCAAAGGAGGACGAAAUCGCGAUCAGAGCUGCGUUCCUCGAACACGAAAACUCACAACUAAAAUACGAACUUUGUUUAUUAAGAGCCCAGGCCGAGAAGCUCAGAAGUUUGAUCCAAUCUAGGUAGAUUUUGCGAUCGUGAUUUACGGUUUUAAAUUAUCGAUAUUCUUCGAGCGUUAAUGGAGAAUUGUGUAAAUAAUUUAUAUAUAACGCAACACUAAGUGUUGUGAUAGUAUUUACGUCUGACGAUAUUUGUAAAUAUUAACAUUCUAAUUAGUGUACGUAACGUAAUAUUCGAAAUCAUUUUUUCCAGUUAUAUCAAAGCAUUAUGCUAUCAGUACUUUUAUCAAAGUAAUGCUUUAUUGUCCAGUAAUUAUUUUAGUCCAUGAUCUCAUAUUGAUGUUAUGUAAAAUAGUUUUACUGAUUAGAAUUCGAUACCGUAUAUUUCUGUCGUUUAAUAAUAUCAAAGUAUUUUAAAUGUUUUGACUGUUCUUUUUUAAUCGAAGAUUCUGCCUAGUCGGCUUAUAAUUUAAUUGUCAAUUAUAAAAUAAGAAAUGUUACUUUGUUAAUAUAAUUCUGUAGAAAGUACGGAUAAGAAACGAGUAGAAAGUAUAUGAGUAAGUCUUGUAAACUCGAGUGUACAUACAAAUACUGUUGGGAUAC